ACAAUGAAUCGAUCAAUGAAAGAAAGUGGAAGAAAUGGAAUUUAACCCUUUUACUUUUCUAGCGGACAAAUUACUCCUUGAAGGAAUCCUAUUUCUUUUUCAUACUAUUUCUAUUUUUUUAUUAUUUUAUUCUAACUUAAUAGAAUAAUAAUGGAUUCUAUGUAUAUAAAAUAGAAUGAAUAACGAAGCAAAAAAAUUUGAUGAAAUCAUGAAAAACGGAAAGAAACCUUGGAUCUAAUCAUACUAUUCCAUUAUAUUGACAAUUUCAAAAAACUGAUCAUAGUAUGAUGGUAGUUGAGCAAGUAUGCCCCCAUCGUCUAGUGGUUCAGGACAUCCCUCUUUCAAGGAAGCAGCGGGGAUUCAACUUCCCCUACGGGUAGAGGGCACUAUGAAAGUAAGUUGAUCAUAACUACAUCAAGGAAGUAUGAAUCCUAGGGUCCAUACUAACCUAACUCAGCCAAAUCUCUUUCAAUGGAACAAAAGCGGGGAUUCGACUUCCCCUACGGGUAGGGCACUG